AUGUAUCUCUCUUUCAGCUCCUCUUUACCCUCCAGUGAGCAAGUCACUUACGCGGCUUGGUAUUCCAAAGUCGCCGACAGGAUUCGGGCUUUGGUGGCCCAAAAGCCGGCCUCAGGACCCCCCUCCGUCGCGGCGCGAAUCCGUAACAUCAGCAGUAUCCUAGACGUCACCCUGGAGGACAUCUAUACCGAAUUCUGGCAAAGUCUAUCCUCAGACGUCCUCAUAUUUCGCGCCUACUACCCGCUCCUAAACUUUUACAUCAAUGCUACCUAUCCGCAUCCCACUCCGCAGCAGGAGCUCCUUUGCAAAUCGCUGCGUUUCGAGCUAUUCCGUUUCUCAGCGGCCCUCGAUGAUUUUGACGCAUGCGUUAAGGCAAAGAACAUUCGGGGCACGGAGAAGGCAUUUGCUGAGCUGUCUGUCGCUUAUGACCACUACUUGAAGGCUGCAAACUUGUACGAAGGCUACGACCCGAUGACUAGCACAGAGGUGCUGUACAAGGAUGUGGCAGACUCUCAGCUGGUGUACACACCUAUUGCGGUACAGAAGCCGGCAAUUCGGGACGAAGUGCUUGUCAUUCGAGGCCCAGACAAGGGCAAGAUGGGUCGUGUGAUAUGGUUGUAUGAUGGGCUCACUGCCACAGUGAAACUCGAACCUAAUCCACUUCUGGGCGGUUCGCAGAUGAAGGGUGUGCGGGAAGUUAAGUCAUUUCCGCAGACGUGGAUAGCUCUGACCAGAACGAAUGAACAGAAUCGUAUUCUGGACCUGGUUCUAGCCGGUGUGGCGACCUUUUUCACUUGUUGCAUCACUUACCCUCUUGAGACGAUCAAGGCACGGCUCCAGGCCGGGCAGGCAGCUCUUCCCAAGGGGGAUGCGGCAGUGGUUGUUUCAGACUUGUACAGUGGCUUGUUAAGCACUCUUUGCAGGGAGGUGCCAGCAAAGAGCCUUUACAUCUCCGGCUUCAACAGCAUCACCCGGUUCUUCUGUCUCCUACCCUUCGUGGAUGCGAACAACGCAGACCUGAAGCUGCUGGUGAUGAUCCCUGCAGGGGCCUUGGCCUACUUCCCAGGGACCUUCCUGAGGGCUCCCUUUGAACUCUUGAGCCGACAGCUGCAGACCGGGGUUUACAAGUCGGAGGAGGCGGCCGUGGAGGGCCUCCUUGCAGAUACCGACGGCCUCAAAUCGAAGUUGGUGAGAAGUUGGAGCCUCGUCGUCUUGCGCGGGCUCCCUUUUGGCGCUUUGCAGUACUCUCUCUAUGAUUUCCUUCACGAAAACGUCGAGUUGGUCCCAUUUGGCAUACCGCUGAGCCUCCAGCCAGUGAUCUGGGGUGCUGCUUCGGGAGCUCUUACAGGACUGCUGACUAAUCCACCGGACCUUAUCCUGUCCGUACUCCUUGCCAAGGAACAGCCUGAGUCAUCGGAGUCACAGGGUGAGAAUCUUCUUGAAGCCUCCGGCCGAGCCGCACAGUCUAUUUACGACUCGGAGGGUUUUGUGGGCUUCUUCCAGGGGGGAGCUGCGAGGGCUCUCCAAAUCGGAGCCGAGUCUUGUGUUUUCUUCACAAUCUUAGAAGCACUCAAGGAUGGUGCUAAGCUCAUUCUUGACUUUUGA